AUCAAGUGUUUGCUAAGUUGGGGUAUGUAAUGAGUGAGGUUGAGGAUGGAAAGCCAUUCAGCCAAGUCGUUAAUGCUGCUAAAAGCCUUGGCUACACUGAACCGAACCAGAUAUGAAGUUGGCAUCCAAGAAGUUCCAAAAGAUUCUGCAUUGGGAAGAUUAAGAGGAAGUGAUGAUGUGGUGGAGAUAUACAAUCGUUGCUACGAGAAACAACCUUUGGUUAUCCAAGGUGCUGAAGCAGGAAAUGAUACCACAGCAGCUGGUGUCCUAGCUGAUAUCCUUGACAUUCAAGAUUUAUUCCCUUGACUGAGUAUUAUACACUGAGAUACAAACAUUCGAUCCUCAAAGGACGAAAAAUCGACUCUUCUUGUCUCUCUGCUUCCAGAUUGGAGAUUGAAAUCAGGCUAAGAUAGCUCACACAUUUUUUGAAAAAU